AUGAGCGCCGACGAGACUAGCCCCCAGAGGGUCGCCAUUGGCAUUUCCUUCGGCAACUCCUACAGUUCCAUCGCCUGGACUUCUGGCGAGGGCAAGGCCGAGGUCAUUGCCAACGAGGAGGGAGACCGUCAGAUCCCCACCAUCCUGUCCUACGUCUCCGGUGAAGAGUUCCAGGGCACCCAGGCCAAGUCGCAGCUUGUCCGCAACCCCAAGAACACCGUUGCCUACUUCAGGGACUUCAUCGGCCAAGAGUUCAAGUCGAUAGACCCUACGCCGUGCCACCAGUCGGCUCACCCCAAGGAGCACGAGUCGACCAUCGCCUUCUCGAUAAAGGACACCGAGGAGGAUGCCGAGCACACGCGCACCGUCUCCGAGAUCACCACCAGGCACCUGCGCCGCCUGAAGAACUCGGCCACCGACUACCUGGGCAAGACCGUCAACGCCGCCGUUAUCACCGUCCCCACCAACUUCUCCGACCACCAGAAGGAGGCCCUCACCAAGGCCGCCAAGGACGCCGAGCUUGAGGUCCUGCAGUUCAUCCACGAGCCCAUCUCCGCCGUCCUGGCUUACGAUGCCCGCCCCGAUGCCAAGGUCUCGGACAAGGUCGUCGUGGUUGCGGAUCUGGGUGGCACCCGCUCCGACGUCGCCGUUGUUGCCUCGCACGGCGGCAUCUACACCAUCCUCGCCACUGCGCACGACUACGACCUUGGUGGUGCCCAGCUCGACGAGGUCCUUAUGGACUACUUCGCCAAGGAGUUCAUGAAGAAGCACAAGGCGUCGGACCCGCGCCAGAACGAGCGCAGCAUGGCCAAGCUGAAGCUCGAGUGCGAGGCGGUCAAGAAGUCGCUGUCGAUCGGCCAGUCGGCCAACUUCAGCGUUGAGAGCCUGGCGGACGGCAUCGACUACACCGCCACCAUCAACCGCACCCGCUACGACCUGCUCGCCAACAAGCACGUUGCCAGCUUCGUCCGCCUGGUCACCCACGCCGUCGAGAAGGCCGAGCUCGACGUCCUCGACGUUGACGAGAUCAUCCUCGCCGGCGGUACCUCGCACACGCCCAAGAUCGCGCGCAACAUGCAGUCCGCGUUCCCGGAGAGCACGUCGGUUCUGGCGCCCGCCACCACCCCCGCGGCCAUCAACCCCUCUGAGCUGGCGGCGCGCGGUGCGGCGAUCCAGGCGUCGUUGAUCGCGGAGUUCGAGCACGAGGACAUUGAGCAGAGCACGCACCCCGCGGUGACGGUGACGCCUCACUUGGCCAAGGCGCUGGGCGUGCUGUGCAUCUCGGAGAGCGAGGAGUCGGGCAUCUUCCAGCCGCUGAUUCCGGCGUUCACGGCGGUGCCGGUGCGCCGCACGGCGACGAUUGCGACGCCGCGCGAGGGCGGCGACGUGCUGGUCAAGAUCUGUGAGGGCGCGCGCGACAUCAAGGUGGAGAAGCCGGAGGCGAAGCCGAAGGAGGAUGGCGCCAAGGAGGGCGAGGAGGACGAGGACGUCUCGGACUUUGACUCGGACGACGAGCCCGAGGAGAUUCGCUCCAAGGUGUGGAAGACGUCGGGCGCGAUUGCCGAGGCGGCGCUCAAGGGCGUCAAGAAGGGCGGCAAGGUCGAGGUCCAGAUCAACGUCGGCGCGGACCUGUCCGUGCAGUGCGUUGUGCGUGAGGUUGGCGCCAAGGGCGGCGUUAGGGGGAACGUGGAGAAGCCUGCUUCUUCUUAA